AUGUGCCCCCAAACGUCCAACCUUGACCGCGAUGCAGAGCUUAUCUACAACUAUCACCGCAUGAGCAUGCCCCUCCGUCCCGCCUCCGCAAUCUUUUGCCUCUGCAGCCUCGACACGCGCGUCGCCACACGUGCGGCGCAGCUUCUUCUCGACGGCUAUGGGGAGUAUCUCAUUUACUCCGGCGGCUCUGGCAAGCUCACAGAAGGUCGGUUCUCAGAGCCUGAGGCUGAGGUAUUUGCCAACAUCGCUCGUAAUAUGGGUGUUCCAGACGACAAGAUUAUUGUGGAGCCUGAGUCCACCAACACUGGGGAGAACGUUCGCUUUACACAUGCUUUACUCAAAAGAAGGGGAUUGAAGGCGGAGAGUUUUGUGCUGGUACAGAAACCAUACAUGGAGCGACGGACAUAUGCGACAUUCAAGAAGCAGUGGCCAGAUGCGGAGACAGAUUUCACGGUUACAAGUCCUGAACUGGACUUUGAACAGUACCCGAAUGAAGAGAAUCCCAAGACACUCGUCGUCAAUAUCAUGGUUGGAGAUUUAGUGAGAAUUCGAGAUUAUCCGGCGAAGGGGUUCCAGAUUGAGCAGGAGAUCCCAGAGGAGAUCUGGGAAGCAAACAAGAGACUCAUUGCCGCAGGGUACAACGGACAUUUGCCUUGA